AUGGCCCGUUUUCUGUUGCCUAAGAAACUCUGUGAUAAGCUGGAUAGUCUUGUUAGAAAUUUCUGGUGGAAAGGAAAUCCUGAAGAAAAAGACAAUUGUUGGAUUGCAUGGGAGAGUCUGACUUGUUCAAAGGAGGAAGGAGGAAUGGGCUUUCGCAAUUUCAGAGCUUUUAAUGAAGCAAUACUAGCCAAACAAGGAUGGCGGUUGAUUAUGAAUCCACAAUCUUAUUGGGCAAAAUUGCUAAAGGGUAUCUACUUCCCAAACUCAUCUUUCCUACAAGCUGCUAGAGGAUGUCAUGCUUCGUGGGUGUGGCUUAGCCUGCUCCAUGGAAGGGUUCUUCUGGAGAAAGGGCUGAGAUGGCAGGCCCAGGAUAGGGCCUCUAUUAACUUUUGGGAAGAUGGCUGGAUUCCAACGCUGGAGGGUUUCAAAGUGCAAUUAGUUAGGCCCCAUAAUUCUGACAUUCAAUAG